UUGGGCCACAAUAUUUUCAAGUGAAGUACAUGAGUAGGAUUUGAACAUGGAACGUUGAAUUUCUUACUUAUAAUACGAUCCAUUAAAGAGAUAAGGACCUAAUGUUGAAAGAUGACAACCCUUCAAAAUGGUUCCAGUAAUACUAAUAGUAGUGAUACCAGUCGUACCACUGCUGGCACUAGCUUGUUGGACAUCACCAAUGUAUUGCCAACCACAGCUGGAUCCGCGACAACCCACACGUCAAACAGCGACAACCCACAGUGCACAUGUGGAGGCGAGCUCACUGAAGAGGACGUACUGGGGGCCAAACUCCCAAAAACCCCAGCCAAAUGUAAAAAGACCCAACUGCAACUUUGGCUCAAUUGCCGAAAUUUAAAGUACCGAUGCAGAGAUAUGAGGGCAGUUCUGGUAAACAGAGUUCGCCAUGAGCAAAAUAUACCCCAUAGGAUCGUUGACCCAGACCCCGGAGAGUGCAACAUACGCAGGAAACAAGCCUCAUGCCCUAAAUGCAGCACCAUCAAUCGGCCAGUAUCACCGACCACUGACAAUUCUGCUGGUAAUGUGCCAAAUGACGGCUGGUCGAAGGAUACGAGUUGUUUGCCCCGGACAUUUGGCCAUCAUUCCAUUAUGGAUCAUAUUCAGAAGUCGGGCAAACACACCAUGUAUGUUGAGAAGCCUCUUGAAAAGGGGUACAAAUUCUUUUAUGAAAAUUACGUGCACAACAUUCAGGCGGUGAAGAGGCGGACAUGUAUUCAUGUUAAGGCCAAGUGCUAUCGCUCUCAAAAAAAAACUGAACCGCCCCAUUCCAUUAAUGUUGAGCUGUCUCAGGCUGCAAAAGUUGUGUCUGCAAAGUGUUCGUGUGCUGCAGGGGUUCAAGGUUUGUGUAACCAUGUUGCUGGAUUACUGUACAGCUUGAACCAUGUCCUGAUCAUGGGUCUCAAAGAAUUUCCUGAGGCUGGAACCUGUACAGAUAAUCCACAGCAAUGGCACAAACCAAGAACCUCUUGAAUAAAACCAGAGCCCAUCAUGGGAUAUCAUGUUAUACGCCCGUCCUACAACAGUAAGUCAAAAAACACCCGUGGUGUAGGCUGUACUCUGUACGAAGCACGUGGUCCCGAAACUGCUAGGCUGAAUGAGGUCAGAAAACUUGUGGAGGCCAUGGCGGAGAUUAACCCACAUUUGGGAAUCUGUCAGAACCUUGAUAUUGAACAGGACUUGUAUGUGUCCACAGCGAUUGGCUGUGAAGCUUUGGUUGGCUCUACCAUAGGUCAUCAGUUAGCAUCAACUGAAGGUGAUUUUAAUGUAUCUUGUGACACAAGUGCUACAGAUUCACUCCGUGAAGGUUUUGAUUUGACAUGCAGUCCAAUUUUGCCGACUACAUUGGGACCCUCUGUCAAUCUUGAUCGGUACAACAUGUCAGAACAAUGCAAGAAACUUGUUGGUAACUUGGAUAUUUCACUGGAAGGUGCCCAUGAGCUUGAGUCAAAAACAGUUGGUCAGUCAACCAAUGAGUUGUGGACAACCAGCAGAUCGAAUCGGUUGACUGCAAGUAAUUUUGGGUUAAUUUUCAAGAGAAAGGCUGCAUUCACUGAUAAAUUUACUCGUUCGGUUUUGACGGAUGUGAAAGACUUGUCCCAUGUACCUGCAAUUAGGUAUGGGAGAGAGAACGAGUCAGUAGCCAUUGACAGAUACAAGAAGUUCAUGACUAAUGCUGGGUUUAAUAUCAAAGUGUUAGAGAAUGGACUAGCUGUCAAUCCAUCAUCUCCAUGGUUGGGGGCUUCACCAGAUGGAAAAAUCCUGGAUGAAAAAUCAGGCUUGGGGCAAUUGGAGAUAAAGUGUCCCAUGUCAUAUAAAGAUAUAGACCCAUUAGAUGCAUGUAAAGAUGACAAGUUUUACUGUGAAUUGGUAGAUGGAAAGCCAACUUUGAAAAGGAGUCACAACUAUUUUUAUCAGGUCCAAGGUCAGAUGGGCAUUUGUUGUGUUGAGUGGUGCGAUUUUGUUGUGUACACUAAAAAAGGCAUGCUCAUUUCUCGAAUAAAAUUUGAUGAGUCAUUCUGGUUGGAUGUUUUCAACAAACUGACAGACUUUUACAUGACUACUUGUUUGAAAUUACUUUGCCAGGCUUAGGGCAUCAUGCAUUACUCAUUACUGCUAAUGGGUGUGGAAAUCUGCUGAAUGAAGAAUCAAGUUUGUAUUAUAUGUAUUGUUGGUUUUAUGAAUGUAACUCAAUGAGGUAUCGCGCAUUAUUGCUACUGGUGUGGAAAUCUGCUGAAUCAAGUUUGUAUUAUAUGUGUUGUUGGUUUUAUGAAUUGAACUCAGUGAGGUACCAUGCAUU